AGGGAUGAGGAAGGAGUCAAUCACCAAGACCAUCUUUGAGUUGAUUACUGAACUCUGGAACAAGUUGAAAUCAUCGCAGAAGGAUAAAGUUCGACAGUUUAUGAUCUUCACACAAUCUAGUGAAAAAACUGCUGUAAGUUGUCUUUCUCAAAAUGACUGGAAGUUAGAUGUUGCAACAGAUAAUUUUUUCCAAAAUCCUGAACUUUAUAUACGAGAGAGUGUAAAAGGAUCAUUGGACAGGAAGAAGUUAGAACAACUAUACAGUAGAUACAAAGAUCCUCAAGAUGAAAAUAAAAUUGGAAUAGAUGGCAUACAGCAAUUCUGUGAUGACCUGGCACUUGAUCCAGCCAGCAUUAGUGUUUUGAUCAUUGCAUGGAAGUUCAGAGCAGCAACACAAUGUGAGUUCUCCAAGCCGGAGUUCAUGGAUGGCAUGACAGAAUUAGGAUGUGACAGCAUAGAAAAGCUAAAGGCUCAAAUACCCAAGAUGGAACAAGAAUUGAAAGAACCAGGACGAUUUAAGGAUUUUUACCAGUUUAAUCUAGAAAUGGCCAUUGCAUACUGGAACUUAGUUCUUAAUGGAAGAUUUAAAUUCUUAGACUUAUGGAAUAAAUUUUUGUUGGAACAUCAUAAACGAUCAAUACCAAAAGAUACUUGGAAUCUUCUUUUAGACUUCAGUACAAUGAUUGCAGAUGACAUGUCUAAUUAUGAUGAAGAAGGAGCAUGGCCUGUUCUCAUUGAUGACUUUGUGGAAUUUAGCAGCAGUGUUGGGCAGACAGCUCAGAGCCAUGGAGCAUCAGGCCUGGAGUUCCCCAAGCCUCAAGCAAACCCUGGCAGCGGGGCUCUCCAUAGGCCACUGCUUCCGGACAAGCCCGCACCGGUCAGAGCUGAGUAG